CAGGGAGAACUCGCAUCUGUAAGAGUAAGACGGCAGUGCUUAUCAUUAAAUGAUCCUUCCCUUGGCCGGCAAGUCAUCGAGGUAACCCAUCAUCAUGACGAGUGAAUCGAGUGGUAAUCCCACACGGGGGAUUUUCCUGUUCACUCAUCCGCGCACCGCGUCCAACCUGCUUUUACGUAUCUUGAACUUAGAACAUCAACCUGCGGUGUUCUCACCCACGCCACAAGACCCUUCAACCAUGUCUGGCGGUAGGGAGUAUGGCUACUUCUUUCUACCAACCAUGGGCCAACGGCUCGAGCUUGCUACCCGACCACUGGAUGAUUGGACAGAACAAGAAUCGAUCCAAACUAAGAGAUGCUUUCAAGAAUGUUCUGAUGAUUUGAUGAGCUAUGCAGAAGAUGCAGUGAAGAGUGGUAAGCUCGCCUUCGUGAAGGAGCAUCUGUACUGGAUGAUAUCACCCUUCGCAGAGCGGCCGGAAGAAGGCAGACAUUCUGGACAGGAUGCGGAUUGGAAAGUCACGAUCGGCGAAAGACAAGCCCGACAGGGAGGACAAGAACUCUUCCAGCACAAUACUGGGAGGAAGCGGACUGGCUCAACGGGAAAUCCAUCAGUUCUGCCAGAUGACUUCUUCCUAUCAUGGACUCCAACAUUCCUGAUUCGUCAUCCUGCGCUGGUCUUCCCGUCCCUCUACCGUACCUCAGUUGACCUUGAAGGCCAAAGCGCGGCCAGGAGUAAUAUCGAUGGUAUUUUUCGCUCUGAAAUGACCAUGAGAUGGCUUCGCGUCUUGUGGAUGUGGUUCACCGAGAGGUAUCGAGAGCAGCAGAGCACAGUAGACUCGGCAAAGGCAGAGCCUACUGGCGAUCGCCAGCAGGCUGAAGCAUCGCGGCCGAUUAUCCUCGACGCAGACGACAUCAUCCUUGAACCGGAAGUUGUACAUCGGUACUGUGAGCUCACUGGCUUGGAUCCGACUAGAUGCCGCUAUGAAUGGCCAGCGGCGACUGCUGUGGAACACGCGGGGAUGUCUUUCAUCGAGAAGAGAAUGAAGUCGAGUCUUUUGGCCUCGAAAGGCAUCGUCCGCGAGGGCAAGACUGCCGUUGGACUCGACAUUGAGGAGGAAACGAAGAAGUGGGAGGACGAGUUUGGUGGACUUGAAGCUGGGAAGAUCAGACGGUGGGUCUACGAUGCUCUGCCGGACUAUGAAUUUCUGAGGGCGGCCCGGCUGAGACCUUAGCAAAGCACAAGCAUUCUUCACUCGGGUUGGAAUUGCUGCCAAGUUUGGGCACUCCCACGACAUUCAGGCUUGUCAGCUACCUAAGCAAUGAGGUCUCUGUAGACACGUACGGUACACAUCUUUUGGUCCAUAAACUGCUCUACAAACCCUUCAGGCCUUGGCUACCAGUGCGCUCUUGGACACGACAGUCCGCGCCAAUGACAUGAUCGGCACUGCGGCCAGAAUAUCGAAGACUGUCACGUCGGCCUUUGCCUCCUUGGUCAGCCAGUUGCGAAUUUCGACUGCAACGAGCGAGUCCACACCGUAUGUGUGCAAUGGACGACCGCUGUCAACUUCCUCGACCGAUGUCUGCAUCAUGCUCGCAACCUUCUCGACUAUACCUCGGGUAGCUAUUUCAUGGGCACUCUCAAGAGACACAGCGCCCGUCAGUCGAACCUUGAGGGAUAGCUCCGCGUCUCCAUUACCCGUUCCGUCCUUCACUCGAUGGCCUGUCCACUCCAGCACCGAGAAUCGAGGAUCGUCAUAAUAAAAGGGUCGCCGAAUCCCGGCUGCUGUUACUCCGCCUCCCGUGGCAAAGCCGGUAAGGAUUUGUGCUUCGACAUCAUCACUGCCGGCCAUUUCGCUCUCCAUGACCUUGCGUAGCAGAGCGUGUAGGUCUGUUUGACGUAUUCCGAAAGGCUCCUCCCAAUCUUUCAGAUCACGGCUGGCGUUAGCGGUCCCUGUGGCCAGGACUCCGACGUCUCUCAUGAUGCCGAGAUCGAUCGAUACCGCUUUGAGGCCUAUGCUUCGACGGUAAUGAGCAAAUGCAUCCUCAUAAGCACCAGCAGCUGCGUAAUUGGCUUGCCCACGGUUUCCAAAAACCCCAGCGAACGAGCUGAGGAUGAUGAAAAAGUCAAGAUCUUUUGGAAGAUGCUGGUGAAGGCUCCACGUUCCUUGCACCUUUGGCCUGAUGGAUUCAGUCCACUGUUGGUGACUCAUUCUUUCGAAAAGGACGUCUCGCAGCACCAUUGCGCACUGGAACACCCCCUUGAUGGGCGGCAUGUCGGUCCGGCAGGUUUGUAACACCUUCUCGAGCGCAGACUCGUCGGCGAUGUCGCACGGGUAUGCUCUAACUGUGGCAUCCUGCUUCUUCAGGUCUGCCAGCAAUUCCUUUGCUUCAUCCGACGAGGGGCCAGAGCGGGACAGGAUGCAGAUGUGUCUCGCCCCAUGCUCGACCAGCAGGCGAGCCAAGCUGUUCCCAAUGCCUCCGAACCCUCCCACAAGAACAUAUGUGCCAUUUGCCUUUAGCUUUAGCUCCGCUGAGGGAUUGCGAUGCACUCUGACGACAUCUUCUGGCGAGAAUGAGAGGACGAGCUUGCCUCGAUGCCUGCCAGCUUGCAUGAUGCGGAACGCGUUCUCCAUGUCUGAGACAGAGAAUGUGGUCAAGGGGUAAACUGGUCGAGUUACCUUUUUCCGAAGAAGAUCGAAUGUCCCUUCGAGUAUGGCAGCCAUGAGAUCUGGUCGAGCCGUUGUAACGUGCUGGAGGUUCAAGAACGAGAAAGUGGCGUCUUGAAUGAAAGGUCUCAUAUCAAGACGUGUGUUGGCCAAUAUGUCUUUCAGACCAAUCUCCACAAAUGUGCCAAAGGGAGCUAUACAGUGCCAGGUCUGUCGCAGCUGCUCUCCUGCCAGCGAGUUGAGGAUGCAGUCAACUCCGCGUCCGCCUGUCAUUCGUUUGACCGCUUUUGCAAAGGAAUUGUCACGGCUGUGGAAGAUAUGGUCAUCCGGAAUGCCAUAGACUUCUUGCAACAAAGCUCUUUUGUCCGCCGAGCCGACGGUGGCAAAGAUCUCCAUUCCGUGGUGCUGUGCCAGCUGGAUAGCUGCUUGUCCCACACCACCGGCUGCGGCAUGAAUGAGAAUCGUCUGGCCCUUCUGGACCCGCAUUACAUUGACCAGUGCGUGAUAUGCUGUAGCAUGUACUAACGGCAAACCAGCGGCUUCCUCAAAUGUAAUGUCGUCAGGAAUAAGCUGGCAGAAUGCAGCAGGACUCCGGUAAUGGGUCCUGUGUGCACCGUGCCCGAGACAAGAAACUCGCUGACCGGGCUGGAGGGAGGUCACGUCGCUUGCUACGCGUGUGAUCACUCCGCUAGCUUCAAAGCCGAACAAGCUAUCAGGGAUUUGGCCCAUGGCAACCAUGACAUCUCGGAAGCUGUGCAAGGUCAGUAAACAAAUCAACAGACUCACGGCAUCCGCCAAAAGAACUCACUUAAUACCUGUUGCUUUCACCUCGAUCUCGACUUGCCCCGGCUGCAAGCUUGACCACGCUAGGUCAUCAGCCUCGAAUUGCAGGGAAUCAAGCAUCCCCGGAGACCCAAUGUGGAUCUUUUGAGGCCCGUGGCAUUUGCCCAGUGGCAUCAGUUCGACCUUACCACCAUGGAGAUAGGCCGAUAGUUCUUCGUUGAAUGCUCCAUCCUGGAGCGCACGGCUAAUAUGCAAGGCGCCUUCUUUCUCGACGAAUUCGCUGUCUGAGCAUUGGGACAUCGUGAGCUUGGCGAUAUGCGAAGCCAGACGAUCGGGCACUUCCAGAGACUUCGGCAUUGCUUGCAAUGUGCGGAAGCGGAUAUUUGCUGAUUCAUUGCGGACGCUACGGGCGAGCCCCGACGCCAUUGAUGCCGUCGGUUGAUCGUGAGAAGUGACCCAGAGCACGUCUGAAGCUUUCAAGAUGAGGGAUUGCAGGAAUAAGAAAUCCUCGGCAUUCAUCGUUGGCAGUAAAGCCUCAUCCACUUCCGCAAGCACGAUGAAAUUGCCGCUGGACUGCAACGCAGACUCAUCACCCCACUUGACACGGCUGCAUCGACAUCCAGCCUCAGUGAGCUCGAGAGUUACUUUGGAACCCAGCGCAGCUGAGACUCGCGUAGGAUCUCGAGGUUCGACGAUGUUGAGUUCUUUUCCGGGCACAAUUGUGUUGAAGGUGGGAUCAGGCACCUGAGCCACCACAAGACUGAAUUGUUGACAAUUUUCGUCCUCAAAGUCGGCGCAUUGCAAGACGAUCUCGAAGCCUGCAUGGUUGAGAAGCGCAACCCAAUCACUUUCGUUCAUGACCCCAUUUUCGCCUCUUCUCCUGCUCACAACGUCAGCCCAUCCACGGUUGAAUGAAUCAUGGCAAUGAACUCACCUCCACCAGCUUUGAAGACAACCUAAAGCACACGACAACUGGACACCAGGCUUUGUGGUCUCGAUCAAACAUAAUCGCCCGCCGGGAUUGAGCAUCCGUUUCAGAUCAACAAGGGCAAACUCGAUGGACUCGGCACCGUAUAGCGCGUUAGGAGCGAUAAUGAUGUCGUAUGUCUGCAUAUCCGUCGUUUUCCGUCCCUUUGCGCUGAUAUCAUCGACCAGGAACUGCAACGAGGAGCUCCAUGGUUUCAGACUCUCCUCAGCAAGGCCUCGCAUCGCUUCCGUGGGGCACGCGUAUGUAUAAUUGGUAAAGAUACCUCGUCUCUUGGUGAGGAUCUUGGUAGCAACGCCGCCACUAGCACCUCCAAGCUCCAGAAUUGAAGCAUUGGGGUACGAGAAGAGGACCAUGUCCACGAACUGUGUCAUUAUGAGACUGUGUCUGGAAGACGGGAUCUAGAUGGUCACUUACAUCAGCGAGCUUACUGGCGCACGCUCUGACUCCCGGAGUAUUCGAGAGAUAUCGGUCCACAAGGCUCUCCUCUAGCAUGAGUCGCUCCGCCUUCAACUGCCCAAGGAGGAUCUGUGUUAAGACCGUUGCCGUCAAAUACAGCUUCUCGUCAUCCGAAUCCAAAGAAUGGAACUCCGAGUUGGCGGCUUUUGCAAUCUGAUCUGGUAGACCGUCGCCGAAUGAGUGCUGAAGUGGGUGCUUGCGGGCCACGACAAGGUCUUGUUGGUUCUUCAUCCACUCAUAAAGUCUCCGAAGGUGCGCUUCAGGCGCCACACUGCUGGGCUUCACACGGUCCAGAAUUUGCCGCAUGAACAUCAAAGCCAGAUACUCGGAUUUGUUGAAGUGUCCAGACUCCUCAGCGGUCAUUGUGUGUUGGCCAACUGCUUUGAAAAGCUCAAAUUGUCCCUCAACGGAAAGGAGAUCAAGGCAUGGCCUCCAGACCAGCUUGCUGCACAUUCCCCUCUCUGUCAUCUCUUCAUCUUCUGCAGACGUGUCGACACCUGAACCCGAGAAUGCAGCACAGGUGAAGCCCCGAAUUCUGACCAAAGGGUCCUCAACCGUCUCAUCAAGCAUCACUAUAUCUGCUUUGAGCUCCUUCAUACCGUGUCUGGCGGCUGUUGAGAAGCCUCUGAACAGCGAAUCUUCUUGGAAAGGAGUAUUGGCAGCAACAACAACUUCGUCAAUUGCAGUUGGUACCAUGGCCUCUUUCAAGGUGCCUGAAUUUCCUUUCAAUGCUGCAAAUGCAAGAUGAAAAAUCGCAUCGAGUGUUGCUGGAUGGAUGAUAUGUGGUCUGCCAUGCUGUACUUCAGCAGCGGUCGAGUUUGUGUUGGGGACCUGGACGUCACAGACGCUUUUGCCAGCACAAUGGGCGACGCUUGUGACACAGCGAAAGGCUGGUCCGUACACGAGCCCUAUGGAGGCAAGCUCCUUGUAGAAUUCAGCGGCCAGCUCUUUGCUGAUGCACUCUUUUUCCAUGUCCUUGAAGGCUGCCAUCAGACUUUUGUUCUCCUGGUUGAUCUCACUCUGGGCUGCACUGUUCUCUGCCACACAGUACUCAACCAAGAUCAAACCAGUGCAAUUCGCUUUCAACUGGCUUGUCCCGGCCGCACAGGUGGAAAUUGUGAACUCCCACCAACUCGACGAUGUAUCUCGGGUUCCAAGCUGGUGAGGCUUGAGCUGACAAACGCAUUCGAUGUCUUCUCCUUCCUUGAGAACAACUGCCGAGGAGAUUAUCACAUCCCGAAGUCUGAAAUCACUAACCUUUCGGUUGACGUCGCUGAGUUGUCGAGCUGCUUCGAUGGCCAUGGCGAGAUAGCCAGCAGCGGGAUACAGUAUUGAGGACUGGAUUUGAUGGUCUUCAAUCCAGGGCUCUUCCUCGAUGCGGAGGAAGCCACGCCAUAUUGCCUCGUUAUUGUUGAGGGAAGGAUAGGGUGCUCCAAGGAGGCCAAUUGACGGAAAUUUACGAAGGCGAAACUGCUGUGCUAGCCGAGACUCGCCCCAAAAGGUGCGCGAAUGAUUCCAUGAAUAUGGUGGCAGGUCGACGAGCAUUCGAGGAGUUCUCCCAGUAGGACUUUCGUUGAUCUUCGCAACAUCCACGGGCACUCCUAGAACAUGGAGAUCUCCAGAACACCCCAGCGCAGAAUCGACGGCUGGAUGACCCCGAUGGAGCAAGGCCCGGUAUUCGAUACCUUUGAUUCCAAGGCUGUCCAUGAUCUGAUUGACAGGCCCGCGAAGUGCCGGGUGCGGCCCGAUUUCGAUGAACAGGUCGAUACUUGGGCUUGCGGAACGCCUUCCAUCUGGACCUGUUUGUAACAGAGCGGACACAGAAUUCGUGAAAAGAACCGGCGACACAAGGUUCCUGACCCAAUUCAUGGCCCCUAGUUCAAAGGGGUCCGCAAGAUCUCCGCUCACACUCGAAAACAUCUGACGACCUUCGAUAGAUUUCUGGGCUUGCACAUCACUCAGAGAGUGCAUGUACAUGGUUGAGAUGGUAUGCAUAUGCGGCGAAUGGUAGGCCGUGUUCACCUUCAGUUGGCGAUGAAAGACAUUCAAAUCUUUGAGGAUGCCCGCAAGGUGGCGUAUUCCAACUGCGUCUCCAGACACAGUGACACUGGACGACAGGAGAUCGACAAGAGCAACUUGCACUACCGUGCAAAGCGACUGGCUAUACUCUGGAAGGUCGAUAUUGGAAGAUUUGUUGUCCUUGAGCAGUUCCUCCAAUGCAUUCCACGGGCAUCCUUGAUCCGUCGACAGAUACUCAGUUGCCGCCUCCACGCUGUCGCGGAAGAUCUUGUAACGGAGCAACUCAACGCCCAUUCUGGCCCACUGGGCUCCUUGACCAGUGAACACAAAGGCAACGCGAGGGAUCUCGGCUAUGGGACGUCCCGACGGGCUGCCGAUGUCACUGGCUUCAAUCUUUUCAAUGAGAUCGCCAGUCGAUGACGCUGUAAUAUAGGUCUUCCAGAUAUGCUUGGUGCGCUUGUUGCUAAGUGUGAAUGCCAGAUCUUGCAGCAAUGAACCUUCGUCAAGCCCAUCCGCGGCUUCGUGCAGCUUCGAUUUCAAAUACUGUGCUGUGGACUCCUUCAAUCUCUUCAUCCCAGGCUGAUCACGCGCACUGAAGACGAACAACAUCUCACCAGGCAGUUUGGUUGAAUCAUCGACCUGAUCACCUUGAUUGACAUCAUCGCCGUCGAUCCUCUGCACGAUGGUCUUCUUCAGUGCUGACUUCAGAGGUUCGGUGACAGUGGGAAGCAAUGCAACGUAGCGAGACUCCUGCAAAUGGUGGUAUGCAUCCUCAAGAACAGCGUGAGCAUUCGUACCACCAUAUCCGAAUGAAUUGACGCUGAUUCGUCGAGGUCCCUUGGCUGGCCAUGCCAUCCUCGUUGUCGGCACCAUGAUUUUCCAUUUGUCGAAUGGAAUUGAUGGGUUUGGAGUUUUGAAAUGUAGGUUCGCCGGUAUUGUGCCAGUCUCCAGGAUAUAUACAGACUUGAUCAGGCCAGCAAGUCCAGCCACCGACUCCAGAUGGCCAAUGUUCGAUUUGACAGAACCAACAAUAAGCUUGUUUCGCUCGCUGCGUCCUUUGCUGAUUGUUCUCGAAAUG